AUGGGGCCCCCGGGCCAGGCUCCCCUGGGCCCCAAGUAUGUGGGCCUCUGGGACUUCGAGGCCCGCACAGCCGGGGAGCUGAGCUUCCGGGCAGGGGACCUCUUCCACGUGGCCGGAAAGGAGGAGGAGUGGUGGUGGACCGUGCUGCUGGACGGGGUGGGCAGGGCUCUGGCCGAGAAGGAGACGGUGGGGUUGGAGCCGUGGUUCUUUGCGGAAGCCCUGCACCGACCGCAGGCCGCGGGCAACGAGCCGGGGGCCUUCCUGAUCCGGGUCAGCGAGAAGCCGGGCGCCACCUGCGUCCUCUCGGCGCGGGACCAGCAGACCGUUCGCCACUACAAGAUCUGGUGGCAGGACGGCCAGUUGCACCUCAACGAGGCUGUGUCCUUCCCCAGCCUGCCCGAGCUCGUGGACCACCGCGAGGCCCAGAGCCUGUCCCACGGCCUGGUGACCUCGCCCCGCCGAAAGCAUGAGCCGAAGCCCCUGCUCCACUGUGACGACAGGGAGAGGCCGCGGGAAGCGUUCACGCUCUGCAGGAAGCUGGGCUCCGGCCACUUUGGGGAGGUCUUCGCAGGGCUCUGGAAGGACAAGGUCCGAGUGGCCGUCAAGGUGAUCGUCCGAGCUGACCUUCUGCGUCAGCGCACGUUCCACUCGGAGAUGCAGGCCAUGAAGCAGCUGCGGCACAAGCACAUCGUGGCACUGUACGCUGUGGCCGUGGGGGGCCCCGUGGACAUCAUCCCAGAGCUCGUGCCCAAGGGGAGCCUGCUGGAGCUGCUGCGGGACUCCGAUGAGAAAACCCUGCCCAUUUCAGAGCUGGUGGGCAUUGCAGCACAGUUGGCCGAGGGCAUGUGCUACCUGGAAUCGCAGAAUUACAUCCACGGGGACCUGGCCACCAAGAACAUCCUCGAGGGGGAAAACAACAUCUGCAAAAUCGGGGACUUGGGGCUGGCCAGGCUCAUCAAGAAGAACGUCUACCUCUCCCAUGACCACAGCAUCCCUUACAAGUGGAGCCCCGAGGCACUGUCCCGAGGGCAUUACUCCAUCAAAUCUGACAUCUGGUCCUUGGGGGUUCUCCUCCAUGAGACUUGCAGCAGGGGUCAGAUGCCCUAUCCAGGUCCUGGGCAUGUCCACACCUUCCUGCGGGUAGAGGCAGGCUACCGCAUGCCCUGCCCCCUGGAGUGCCCGCCCACCACACACAAGCUGAUGCUCUCCUGCUGGCACAGGGACCGCUUCAAAGGGCUGCGGGAAAAGCUCUCCAGCCUCAGAAGAUACGAGAACCUGCUCUGAGUCGGCCGCCUCCUUGCCACUGCCUGAAGGCCAGGCCAGCCCUCGUGAGGGGCCUGAGCAACCUCGGAUCACGGGAGUGGGCUGACCCAGAUUUACUGAGGAGUUGCGGAAGGUACCGACAGCUCCCAGAACCAUCCGGACAAUCCCGAGAAGGGGCGCGGGCAGCCCUGGGCCUGCCUGCUGCCCAGCGCGGCCAGGACCUGGGACUGCCCCUUCGCCUGACACCAGCUCCUGGAAAGUGCUGGGACCUCCACAGCCAACACCUGCCCUGGGGCUCCAGGAGCCAGGUCGCCCCUCUUUCCUAAGGGAGUGGACCUGUGCCUGGUCCUGACCCAAAGCCCACCAGCUGUCAGGACCAGGGCUGAGCCUCCCUGGCCGUGUGUGGUGGGGACCUAGGCUUUGGCUGCACUCCCUUUGACCUCUGGCCUUGCCUGAGACCUGGAUAUAAGGGGCCGUGGACCCCCCAGUCCUCUGUGGAGACAGGGGCACUGACGCCUGCUCCCUGGGGCCAGCCGCUGUUCCCAUCCAGCUGCCUCGGCAAACAGCAGCUGCCACCGGGGGGUCUGGGGGCCAUGUCUGGACACUGUGACCGAAAGGACUGGGUGGGGGUCAGGCUAACCGUGCUUGGACACAUUGAGGGCAGGCCGGACAGAAGGUGCAGCCUUUGGGGGCCACGAGCCACCCAAACGCCCUGGGAUGGACUCCCGUGACUUAAGAGCGGAGCUGGGGUGGGGAGGCCAGCUGAGCCCAGCCCGCUAACCAGUGGAGACCACCCCUCUAGGCCCCCGCCCUCACACCAAGCCUCUGUCCACUCCCUCACUGAACUGCCCUCUCCUGACCCCCAGGCCCUGGUCAGUCUCUGCCGGCCACUCAGGCCUGUGGACGCCACCAGCCUACCCCCCACGCCUGCCCCCAGGAGGCCAGCAGAGGAUGAGCUCUCUCCGCAGCCACACACAGAGCUCCCGAGGAGGACGUGCCCAAAGCUGGGCUGCCCCGGGCCGGGGCCCGCUGGGGCCUCCCACACCCCCUUCCCCUCACCCUUAAAGUUGUGGCUGCCGGGGGCCCUGCCCAGAGUGUGCCUGACAAGAGGCUACAGGAGACGCCGCCCUUACCGGCAGGCGCGUGGGAGAGCGCGGGGCGCGUGGGAGAGCGCGGGGCGCGUGAGCUGCCCCACCCCAGGUUGAGGACGGCCUCCUCAAGGCCUUUCGAGGGCGCCAGGCCCCACGCCCGAGGGCUCCCGACCCCAGCCAGAGGCCCUGUCUCCUGCCGCGGCAGCGGGGGCCGGGGCGGGCUCACUCAGGACCCUGACCUCAGUGGCUGCCCUGGGGGCUUCCGGGCCCGCUCUGGGACUGCCUGCUCUCCCCGGCCCCCCAGAAUAGCAAGGCACCCCACCGCUUCUCAGAUACAAGGCUCCACACUCACCGGAGCUGUCUGCCCAUGUGAACCUGAGCCAGAUCUCAGAGGCGGCCACGUAGGGAGGGACCCCAGGGAGGCCCAGG